GUCUUCGUGCUGUGCCGCGCAGCGUCGCUGGCCGCCCGGGAGCCGCGGCGCCUGCGGGAGAUGCUGCGCGAUGUGCGCGACCGGCGGGUGGCCGGCGCGGCGCUGGUCGGGGUGCUGGUGGCCGAGGCGGGGCCCGAGGACGCGGUGGCGCCGAUGUUGCGGCUCCUGGAGGCGCUGCUGCGCACCGUGUUCGGCCGCCAGGCGGGAGGCCCGGUGCAGGCGGCCGCCUACUGCCCCGGCCACCCCGCCUCCAGCCUGGCCGUCCAGACCGCCGCUAGCCGGGCCCUGCAAGCAGCCGCGCCCGCGCGACCAGCAGAAGGAGCCUGGGAGAGACCCGGCCUCCCGGCGCUGUUGGCCUGCUUCUCCUGGGGUCCCUGGAGCCGGGGGAAGGACCCGUAUGCCACCGCCUCCCCCAGUGGUCCAGCUCAGGGUAACUUCCGGGAACCUGAGGAGGAGCUGGCGCUGACAGUCAUACUUCCCAACGGAGACUGUGAGGAUCCUGGAAAGGGGUCGGGAGCCUGUGACGGAGCUGCCCACACUCCCGCUGAGCCCGCUGGAGACUCCAGCUGAAGUCUGGACCCCUGGGCUGCUGCAGCUCCUACUGAGCCCCCAGGCCUCCACGAUGACCUUGGGAGUGCAGUCUCUACGAAGCCCCACCUUCCAGGGGACUGCCACACUGACAGAUACCAGCAAGGCAGCGGACUUCCUCAGCUCAGCCAGACCUAGGAAAAUGUAUCCUCUGGGAACUUGGUCCCUCCCCCGCCUCCAUUUGGUCACUCUGGUCACAGUGAGGUUGUUUUUUCUCCCUCGCCUUGGUUUCUCCGUGCCAUUGAGACAGAAGGCGGCCUACUUUGCGGCUCUGUGGUGCUGUGGCAUCCCGUGGUCGUGUGCAUGAGCAUCCAUCACUUCACAUGCAGCUGGAAAGAAGUCUGGACCAGGAGUUAUCAAACAGGGAGAGGGGAGAUCUUAGACCUGUCACUCAACCAGGGGCCAGGCUACCCACCUGCAAGCAGCACUGGAAGUGUGUGUGUGUGUGUGUGUGUGUGUGUGUGUGUGUGUGUGUGUGUGUUGCGAGGCUUCACUCUGACUGUGGGGCGCCCCUGGCAUUUAGUGGGCAUCUCGCAUUGUGUAGGGCAAGCUCCAAAAACAGAAUUGUUCCACUCAAAAUGCCAAUCGUGGCACCUUUGAGAAAUUGGAUGAGCCAAUCUCUUCCCCUUGUCAAAUUCUAGGAAGAGUCCCCCAGAGCAGGGAGGGUUGGGGUUCCUGGGACUUCGGCUCCUGAGCAAGCCAGAAUAAAGACUGCACUGCCCCCUGGGGGCCUGGGGGCCAGGCCCAGGACAGAAAUAGCCUUGCACAGCCAUGCGAAGAAAGAGCCCUCUUUCUUCCUCAUGUUGCCAUUGACUUUCUGUGCCAAGUUCUUUUGAGAAUAAGGCACCAAACAGAAGGAAAGUUGGGUUAUGGAUUAAUGCAAGGGCAUAGGACUUGCUCUCAAUCUCAGGUCCUAACCCAAGGUCAAAGCCGACCCAGCCCAGAGGUGCCGAGUGCCGGAAUCCUUUUUUCUCUGGUUAUGAGUCAGACAGGGUCAAUGAUGUUCCCUUAAAAGCCAGGAAGACCAUCUGUUCACUCAAAGAAGGAACUCUGCAUUACCUCCCUUGUCUUCCUUGCCCGCCAGGAGAAAUCCAGUCUUUGGAAUGGCAAGGACAGCUCCUGCUUUUCCCGGUAGGAAGUACUAUCUAAGGGAAGUAGUUACAUUCAUUCAUUCAUGGGUGACUCACUCAGCACACAUGCAAUUGUGCCUACUAUUUGCCCAGCAUUCUGGCAGGUGCUGCAUAACUUCCUUGAGUUAUUUCUGCCAAAAUAACCGUGGUAGUGCCAAAAGGUGGAGUGGCAAACCUGUGGCUGGGGGGCUCUGUGAUGUUAAAGAAGACCCUCGCUGCUCUGCGCCUCCGUUUAUUUUCUACAACAGGGAGCCUAUGGGCAGGUAGGAUGACAGCUUAUUUGGGUCGGUUUGACAGCAUGUGUCACUUUAAUAAUGCAAAAGUAUCUCCAAUAGAAGGACCCAAUUGACUGCCUUCUGCCCAAGAGUGAACUCAAUGAAUUGCUGUUGAUGUUGUUUGAAAAUAUGGGGACUGGUAUUGUUGAAGCUGCUCUAUUUUUCUAUUUAUCCGUUAAUUUCUUUGUAAUGAUUUGGUUAGAAUUUUAUUAUUUGGUGGGGGGAGGGAGCUUCUCUUAAGGUAGAAAAUUGUCUAAGGCAGAAGUCGAAAGGCAGAAGCCUCUGCUGUACUUCAAAACUCAGGAGUUUGUUGCCAAUAUUUGAAACUUGGGAGAUUGCACAUAAAGAGCUUGUUUUCGGGGAGCGGGGAGGGGUGUGCCGUCGUCUUCAUUUUGCUGUGAUUCCACCCCCACACACUUGAGCCCUUUCUCACCCUCCCACCCUCCCCUCUACUGCACUUCCCCGAUAUAGGCCCCCGCCUGGGGCUGGUCCUGGUGGGCAUUUGAGUUUGCAAGCCUCUGCUAUAAAGGGUGGUGUGCGCAUUUUUUCAUCACUUUCAGUAUUUCCUGUGAAUAUGUGAAGAGAGGAGGUCUUUCUUGACUGAGAUUGGGUUCUGCCUCCCGACUGGUAAAGACCGGACUGACAUCCUUCCAGGCCCCUUGGCUCCCGUGGCUAAGAGAAGCACCGUCCUUUUGCUCUUUUCCAGCAGACAGAAGAGUUCGGUGCUGGGAGGGACCUUGGUGCUGGGCCUCCUCCCCAGCGACUAUUACGAGGCCUGAGAGCUGGGGUGGGCCUGUCUGAGAGCGGAGGCCCCGCGUUAGGUUAGUGGUGCCGGGAGCCGUUGACGAGGGGCCUCCGUCGGGUCACAGUCUGGGCUCUUGGUACUAAUCUUUCUAACAUGGCAGUUGUUCUGCUUCUGACUUGAGUCGAUUCCUUAGACCUAAUAAAGCCACACAGUGCCUCACUGCUGUCUAAUAAAACACAGUGGACCCCC